AAACUGUUGCUCAACUCCCGUGACGUUGGCGCGGUUAAAACGAUCAAAGCUCCUCUCAGGUGCGUUUCACGGGGCAACUUUUACAAUUUCCACUCCAGGCGACGAACAGGCGUCUGUGGAAUGAUCUACGUGUCUACUCGGAGGACACCCACUCCUCGGGAUGUAGUGUCAACGGCUGAGAGUCAUGUGACUUGACGUGUAACCAGCAUGGCGGCGUGGAGCUGAGGUAGCGACUCGACUGGACUGACACCGAUAGCCAGGCUUUCGUUAGUUUUACCUAGACACCUGCUAGUUCGCGGGGCCCGGGCCGAAGAUGACGGCCUGAGAGGGGAACGGCGACAAGACCGAGAGAUGCAGCAGCAACAACAACAACAGCAACACCGGCCACCGCAGCAGCAGCAGCAGCAGCCGCAGCAGAACCACUACUACUCGCAGUCGAAGGCAGAAAACAGUAAAACCAAGAGUAUGUUUCUGUCCAGGGCUCUGGAGAAAAUCCUCUCGGAUAAGGAGGUGAAGAGGAGCCAGCACGGCCAGCUGCGCAAAGCCUGUCAGGUUGCGCUCGAUGAAAUCAAGGCAGAGCUUGAAAAACAAAAGGAUGGUACAGUGGUCCCACCCAGAGCCAACUACAUCGAGGCUGACAAAUAUGUGCUUCCCUUUGAGUUGGCCUGUCAGUCAAAGUCCCCCCGGAUAGUUAGUACCUCAUUGGACUGUCUGCAGAAACUGAUCGCGUACGGCCACAUCACAGGCAACGCCCCGGACAGCAGGAGCCCCGGCAAAAGGCUGAUCGACCGGCUGGUGGAAACAAUUUGCAACUGCUUCCAGGGCCCACAGACUGAUGAGGGAGUCCAGCUCCAGAUCAUCAAGGCCCUGCUGACUACAGUGACCUCCCCGCACAUAGAGAUCCACGAGGGCACGGUGCUCCUCACCGUCAGGACCUGCUACAACAUAUACCUGGCCAGCCGCAACCUCAUCAACCAGACCACCGCCAAGGCCACACUCACACAGAUGCUCAACGUUAUCUUCACACGCAUGGAGAACCAGGCCGCUCUGGAGGCUCAGGAGCAGGAGAAAGAGCGGCUGCGACCUCCCCAGCAGAACCCGUCUCCAGUCCCAGGUAAUCGGAGGUCGGGCUCCCCGUGGUCUGACCGGACGCCCACCCCAGAGCCCCAGAGCUACCUAUCUCCUGCAGCCAGUACUCCAGACCUCACAACCACCAAUACCAUCAGCUCCACACCACCACAACCAUCAGCCGCUGACCUGGACCUGGACCUGGACCAGGACCAGGACCAGGACCAGGCUCCAGACACACAAUCAAUCAAUGGAGAACCUGAGAGGGGCAAUGAGCGAAUGAAUGGAGGAGAAGAACAGGUCACACCUUCAGAUGUUUUUGAAGACGAAGGUGCAGAGACGCCUCCAGCUGUAGAGGGCGACAAACCAGAGAGCGAUCCAGAUCCAGCAGAGGCGGCGACGACUGAAGGAGAGGAGGAAGAGCCAACAGAGACGCACAGCGGAACAGGAGGUGAGCACCCAGCCCCCCCUGUUCCUGAGCAGACUGAAGUGGCUCCCCCAAGAGUCAGAGCAGAGGGCCAGCAGAUGAACGGCAUCAUUGAGGACCGAUCCUCAGUUUCCUCCACAGAUAUGCUGGAUGCUGAGGGCCUGCAGGGACCCCACAACGCUGCCCGAUUCUCUCACAUCCUGCAGAAAGACGCCUUCCUGGUGUUCCGCUCGCUUUGCAAACUCUCCAUGAAGCCACUCGCUGAUGGACCUCCAGACCCAAAGUCCCAUGAGUUGCGGUCCAAGAUUGUCUCACUGCAGCUGCUACUCUCCGUGCUGCAGGGUGCCGGGCCAGUGUUUCGCACUCACGAGAUGUUUGUCAACGCCAUCAAACAGUAUCUGUGCGUGGCACUUUCCAAAAACGGUGUGUCCUCUGUGCCGGAGGUUUUCGAGCUCUCCCUGGCUAUCUUCCUCACCCUGCUCUCCCACUUCAAGGUCCACCUGAAGAUGCAGAUUGAGGUGUUUUUUCGGGAGAUUUUUCUCACCAUCCUGGAGACUUCUACCAGCUCCUUUGAGCACAAGUGGAUGGUCAUCCAGACGCUAACACGUAUCUGUGCAGAUGCCCAGUGUGUGGUCGACAUCUAUGUGAACUACGACUGUGACUUGAAUGCUGCAAAUAUCUUCGAGCGCCUUGUCAACGACCUGUCAAAGAUCGCUCAGGGCAGGAGCGGUCAGGAGCUCGGGAUGACUCCUCUGCAGGAGCUGAGUCUACGUAAAAAGGGUUUGGAGUGUCUGGUUUCCAUCCUCAAAUGUAUGGUCGAGUGGAGCAAGGACAUGUAUGUCAAUCCAAACCUUCUAGCUAACCUGGGCCAGGAGCAUCCGCCUGACAGUGACGGAGGAGAGAUGAAGCUCUCAGAGCAACUGGUCGGACGCCGCGACAGCAUCAGCUCGCUGGACUCCACCGUCUCCUCAAGUCUCCCAGCGUCCCAGGCGGACCAUCCGGAGCAGUAUGAGGUUAUCAAGCAGCAGAAGGACAUCAUCGAGCACGGCAUCGAACUCUUCAACAAGAAGCCGAAGCGAGGUGUGCAGUACCUGCAGGACCAGGGCAUGCUGGCAUCUGCAGCUGAGGACAUUGCCCAGUUCCUGCACCAGGAGGACAGACUGGACACGACUCAGGUGGGAGAGUACCUGGGUGAGAACAUCAAGUUCAACAUAGAAGUUAUGUACUGCUACGUGGACCAGCUGGACUUCUUAGGGCGGGACUUUGUCUCGGCUCUCCGGGCGUUCCUGGAAGGCUUCAGGCUUCCUGGUGAGGCCCAGAAGAUCGACAGGCUGAUGGAGAAGUUUGCCGCUCGAUACCUGGAGUGCAACCAGGGACAGACUCUGUUUGCCAGUGCAGACACUGCCUACGUGCUGGCGUACUCCAUCAUUAUGCUCACUACAGACCUGCACAGUCCUCAGGUGAAGAACAAGAUGACAAAGGAGCAGUACAUCAAGAUGAACCGCGGUAUUAACGACAGCAAGGACCUGCCAGAAGAGUAUCUAUCCUCCAUAUACGAUGAGAUUGCAGGCAAGAAAAUUGCCAUGAAGGAGAGCAAAGAGUUUUCAAUCACCCCAAAGUCCACCAAGCAGAGUGUGGCCAGCGAGAAGCAGCGUCGUUUGCUGUACAACAUGGAGAUGGAGCAGAUGGCGAAGACCGCUAAGGCGUUAAUGGAGGCGGUUAGCCACGCUCAGGCCCCCUUCUUCAGUGCCACACACCUGGAACACGUCAGACCCAUGUUCAAGUUGGCGUGGACCCCCUUGCUGGCAGCGUUUAGUGUGGGACUGCAGGACUGUGAUGACCCAGAGGUGGCCUCACUGUGUCUGGAGGGCAUUCGAUGUGCCAUCAGGAUUGCCUGCAUCUUCAGCAUGCAGUUGGAGCGAGAUGCCUAUGUCCAGGCUUUAGCCAGAUUCACGCUGCUGACGGCCAGUUCCAGCAUCACAGAGAUGAAGCAGAAGAACAUCGACACCAUCAAGACCCUGAUCACCGUGGCCCACACAGACGGAAACUACCUGGGCAACUCCUGGCAUGAGAUCCUGAGGUGUAUCAGUCAGCUGGAGCUUGCCCAGCUGAUCGGCACUGGGGUAAAGACGCGCUACAUUUCUGGGGUGGUCCGGGACAAGGAGGCUGGCAUUAAGGGUUUACCCUCCGGCACAGAGGAGUUCAUGCCCCUGGGGCUGGGGAACCUGGUGGGGAGUCAGGACAAGAGACAGAUGGCUCAUAUCCAGGAGUCUGUGGGAGAAACCAGCUCUCAGAGUGUGGUGGUGGCUGUGGACAGGAUCUUCACUGGUUCCACUAGGCUAGAUGGAAAUGCAAUUGUGGACUUUGUGCGGUGGUUGUGUGCGGUGUCUAUGGAUGAGCUUGCCUCGGCACACCAGCCCAGAAUGUUCAGCUUGCAAAAGAUCGUGGAGAUUUCCUACUACAACAUGAACCGCAUCCGGCUGCAGUGGUCUCGAAUUUGGCAGGUCAUUGGGGACCACUUCAACAAGGUUGGCUGUAACCCUAAUGAGGAUGUAGCCAUUUUUGCCGUGGACUCGCUGAGGCAGCUCUCCAUGAAGUUCUUGGAGAAAGGAGAGCUGGCCAAUUUCCGCUUCCAGAAAGACUUCCUCAGGCCGUUUGAGCACAUCAUGAAGAAGAACAGGUCCCCCACUAUAAGAGACAUGGUGAUCCGGUGUGUGGCUCAGAUGGUCAACUCCCAAGCAGCCAACAUCCGUUCAGGCUGGAAGAACAUCUUCUCAGUGUUUCACCAGGCAGCCGCAGACCACGACGAGACCAUAGUGGAGCUGGCCUUCCAGACCACAGGGCACAUUGUCACAAACACUUUCCGGGAGCACUUUGCGGCUGCUAUAGACUCGUUCCAAGAUGCAGUGAAGUGCUUGUCAGAGUUUGUGUGCAACGCAGCUUUUCCUGACACCAGCAUGGAGGCGAUCCGACUCAUACGGCACUGCGCUAAAUACGUCUCAGAAAGGCCUCAGGCUCUGAGGGAAUACACCAGCGAUGACAUGAACGUUGCCCCGGGGGAUCGAGUAUGGGUCCGUGGCUGGUUCCCCAUUCUGUUUGAGCUCUCUUGUAUCAUCAACCGCUGCAAGCUGGAUGUCCGGACCAGAGGUCUCACAGUCAUGUUUGAGAUCAUGAAGAGUUACGGCCACACCUUCGAGAAGCACUGGUGGCACGACCUCUUCAGAAUCGUCUUCCGCAUCUUCGACAACAUGAAGCUCCCUGAGCAGCAGACAGAGAAAACGGAGUGGAUGACGACAACAUGUAACCACGCGCUCUAUGCCAUCUGUGACGUGUUCACUCAGUUCUAUGAGCCACUCAGUGAAAUCCUGCUGGUUGACAUCUUCACGCAGCUACAGUGGUGUGUCAGGCAAGACAACGAGCAGCUGGCUAGGUCGGGAACCAACUGCCUGGAGAACCUGGUGAUUCUGAACGGGGAGAAGUUCAGUCCAGAGGUCUGGAAAAUCACCUGUUCCUGUAUGCUGGAGAUCUUCCAGAACACCAGCCCUCACGUUUUGUUGACUUGGCGACCGGCUGGACAGGAUGAGGAAACUGCUGAUGGCAAGCAUUUUGAUGCUGAUUUCGAUAGUCAGUCCCAGAGCAGCUACGACAGAGCUCUGUCUGAGAGAGGACACAGCCAGAUGUCCAGCGACGACACCUGGAAGGGCAAGUCCAAUGCUCGAGUUUCAGACCAGAAGCUGUUUGCCGGGCUGCUGAUAAAAUGUGUGGUACAGCUCGAACUAAUCCAGACCAUAGACAACAUUGUCUUCUAUCCAGCUACCAGCAAGAAGGAGGAUGCUGAGAACAUGGCUGCUGCGCAGCGAGAUGCUCUGGAGGAGUCUGAGGGCAGCGAGCUGGGUCCGGAUCAGGGGAUGUACAGACACAUGACCUCCGCACACCUCUUCAAGCUGCUUGACUGUCUGCUGGAGUCGCACACCUUCGCCAAGGACUUCAACUCCAACAACGAACAGAGGACGGCGCUCUGGAGGGCAGGCUUUAAAGGGAAAUCCAAACCCAACCUGUUGAAGCAGGAAACCAGCAGUCUGGCCUGCAGCCUCAGGAUCUUGUUCAGGAUGUACUCUGACCCUCAGCUGCAGGACUCGUGGCCUGACAUCCAGACACGCCUGCUGCUGGUGUGCAGUGAAGCUCUGGCCUACUUCAUCAGUCUGACCUCAGAGAGUCACAGAGAGGCGUGGAACAGCCUGCUCAUGCUGCUGCUCACCAGGACGCUACGGCUGCCCGAUGACAAGUUCAAGCCUCAUGCUUCCUGCUACUACCCCCAAAUGUGUGAAAUGAUGCAGUUUGACCUGAUCCCGGAGCUGCGGGCCGUCCUCAGGCGUUUCUUCCUGCGCAUCGGCUCUGUCUUCCACAUCGCUUCUCCCGAGGCGGCGUCUGCCCGGUCUCCCGCAUCCUAGAUUGUUUGGAUGCAGGACCACUCGGUAGGGGGCGGAUGGGGGUGCAGAACAGAGAUGAUGGAGGUGGAUGUAGCACAUACGAGCCUCUUGGACAGGAGACAGAUUACAGAGGGGCUACAAUGUCAGCAGGAGGAUGACAAAGACUUUUCUGUCUCGCUGCAGGACUCUGCAUUUAAGUGUUCGGCUUUUCUACCACACUCGGCUCGUAGAAAAGUCUUUACCCUGUACUUCCUCCCUUGUUUCUCUCGGGAUGAACAGCACUGUGACCAGCUCUCUCUGCUGACUGUUGUCAUUCAUCAUCCCCCCUGACUAAUCUCCAGAAAAGAACUGCAAACAGAUAAUUUAUUGAUAUUGUCGCAAACCCUGUACCCGAUUCUAUUUCUAUUCAAUACUUAACAAAAGAAAGUAUAUCUACAUGCUGAAAACGAGUGGAUUACACCAUUGAAUUUGAUGAAUCUUGAUUUGCGGAAAAUCUCUUUUGGCCACCUGUGCCUGUUCGCAAUGAUGACACCAUGAGUGUCGCUCAUCCUUGUGAGAUUGGUGAUCUAAUCAAAAGAUGUUGUAAUAUCUGAUCCCUCAUGUACCAACACCCGUCCCAAAGCAUUGUUUGUCACUUUAAUGUUUAUGUUCCUUCUUAUGUGUGUGUUAUCUUGUGUUAUUGUUGGAGAGACUGAGACUCUCAGCUGCAUCUCUUACAACACUGUCGGAGAUGGAAUGCAGCUUCGUUUGGAGCAUCUUUGCUCUCUGUGACAACAACGUCUUUAUUAUUCUUGCUUGUCAUUGAGAUUUUACUUAUUUAUUUUUCCUCAUUUUCCUUAAUUUGUUUAAUGAUGAUUGUUUCCAGGAUAAUUACAAUGAAAGGAUGGUUGAAAGACUUGGUUACUUCCUUACUUAUUUGUCAUGCAUUCCUUAAUGUGUUGACCCACUAAGACUUUACAUUGAAGGACUUCACAUGGAGUCAACUCCUCCUGGCUUUAGAAUUACAUCUGGCUCAUAACCCCUCCCACUAAUUGGUUGGCCCAAUGAGGUGACACAGUUGUUGUCCGUUUCACUAGUGGACCGCUCACUAGGGUUCAAAAGGAGACUUCAGCCGCAGAAGGAUUUAGGAACAGAGCAAAACCAAAUCUCGCACCUACAGAGAUACUGGAAUCUCUGCGUCCUGGAUACUUGGUAGUUUAUUCCAUGCCUUUUUUUUAUUAAAAAGAAGGAUGUUUGUAAUUAUUUUAAGUGCAUUUAAAUAUUUUUUGAAAAGCAUUCCUUCCUGCGCAACUAUGGAUGUCUACUUUUCUUCCCUUAAGCUAGGGAAGAAAUAUAUAUAUAUAUAUAUAUAUAUAUAUAUACAGUAAAUGGGAAAAAAGGCAGACUGUAAAGUUUUCAAUGUAAGAUACAUAGAAAUGAAAGUGCUAUACGGUUCUAUACAUAUUGUGAUGUAAUCUUUCAAGCAUUUGGUGAGGUAAUCAAUAAACCUGACUUCUGAUCCAA